AUGAGCCAUGCACCAAAGCGACCAAGGAUUGGCGAGCGAACGAUGCUGGCUUGCAUCGGAUGCAAGCAGAAGAAGUUAAAGGUAUCUAAACUUCGCCUGGGAGAAAGCCAUGCCACUUACCAUGUGACUAGUGCGAUGGGCAAACACCGAAAUGCAACCAUUGCGUACGGACUGGAAGAGUCCCUUGAAUCACGGGUGGUCUACCUGGAAGCUCUUCUUCGAGAAGUCCAUCCAGAUAUAGCCCUGAGGCAGAACGAUCAAAGCGGGCCUGGCAAUGUGGAUACUGGUUCUUCCUUUGUUCUAUCAACUUCGCCUCAGACAACCGAUGCCUCAAGCUUCAACCAGUUCGUAGGUGACUCAUUCGGAGGAACCUAUACAAGUCCUCCCCCAAAAAGUCGUCAACCAUCAUCUCUUGAAAAGGCAAACGAUGGUGACGAUGGUCAGGUCGACCAUCUCUCUUCUGAGGUUGCUCUCCUGUGUCUGAAUGCCGCUGGUGGCGAACCACAUUAUUUCGGACCUUCGUCGGCCGUAUCAUUCUCGCGGAUUGAUAUUUGUGACAUGAACCAGUCAGGGGACAAUUCUGCCGCUGGUGAUAUUCCACUCUUCUUUGUCCUAAUGGUAUACGCUACUGGCUCUCUUGCAUUAAGUCAAAGUCAGCACGGUGCUGCGGCUAUGUACUAUUCCUUGGCUUUGGAUUACCUGCCUUCCGUCCUUGCGCUGAAUAACCUGGAAUCAAUCCAAGCUAUUCUAUGUUGUGCAAUGUACUCGAUCCGAUCGCCUAUUGGGGCCAGUCUUUGGUGCUUUUGGGUUGCCUAUGAUAUCGAUCGUGUCGCUGCCUUCAUCCUGGGGCGGCCGGUGGGUAUCCCAGAUGAGUUGAUCGACGCAGAGCUUCCUAUGGAUAUUGAAGAUGAGAGCAUUACCCACCAUGGUAUACUGGCAAAUCCCCGCGCUGCUGACGACCAGGUGCCAACAAUAAUGACGGGUACCCUGCAUAGCAUCAAGCUGAGACAGUUAUGGGCAAAAUUCCAUGCCAAUCUCUACUCGCCUCUGCCGCAACACCACAACUCCGGUAGACAAGUCGCUACUGUUGACAGUCUUCGCCAAGAAUUGGAAGAAUGGCACGCAUCAGCUCCCACUCACCUUGACUAUUCGUCCUCUCAUCCUUUAUCGGUAUUUGCCUCAGAUGAAUGGUUCCAAAUUGCUUACGACCAUUCAAUCCUCAUCCUCUAUCGCUUAUACAUUACUGGGAUUCUCGGUAAACGGCGACAAGGGCGCACUCAACACGAAAUAAACAAUAUCGACUCUAUUGAAGAGGAAGAGGACCUCCAAAAAGCAUUCGAGAACUGCUCCCGCUGCGCUCGUGAUAUAUGCGUGCUAUAUCGUCGACUCUACCAGAAAUCCACUGUUCAAUUUACUUGGGGGAGUCUACAUAUCUUAUUCCUUGGCGGCUUGACAUAUUUGUAUUGUCUGUGGCGAUCAUGGCGAGUACGCCAGCAGACGAAACAGAGCGAAGUGAUAAACACAUGCAUGGCCUGCACAACAGUCUUGGUUAUUAUAGCUGAGCGGUGGAAUCUGGCGACAUCGUAUCGCGACAUUUUCGAAGCCCUUUCCGAACGAACCAUCAACAUGAUCUGUGGUAUUGGAAAUUCUGCUAGGCCGGUGCCCCCACAAUCACAAUGGACUUCCCCGGGUGACACUCUUCCCCCUGGGCUCUCCCCAAGGGAUUGGAGUUUGGGAUUCGACGAUCUAGCUAUGCCUCAAGGGUCAGACUGGCUUAUUCAGGAGCUUUUACAAGAAUUUCCUGAACUUCCGCCGGAUGAGACCGUAAUUGGCCCGACAGAAAAUACCUCUCGUGCUCCAACAUUUUGA